AAGGACUCAAAAGCUCCAAUCCUUGAGCCAAGCUUUGUCAAUGGCUGGGGGAGGCGGAGAAGGAGAGAAGGUGAAGCUGUUGGGCGUGUGGGACAGCCCGUUCGUGAACAGGGUGCAGAUCGUGCUGAACCUGAAGGGCAUCUGCUACGAGUACGUGGAGGAGGACCUCCACAACAAGGGCGAGCUCCUCCUCACCUCCAACCCCGUCCACAAGAAGGUACCCGUCCUCCUCCACAACGGCAAGGCCAUCCCGGAGUCGCAGGUGAUAGUGCAGUACAUCGACGAGGCCUGGUCCGGCACCGGCCCGAGCGUCCUCCCGGCCGACCCGCUCCAGCGCGCCACCGCCCGGUUCUGGGCCGCCUUCGUCGACGACAAGAUUGGGUCCUCGUGGUUCACUAUCCUGUUCGCGCGCAAGACCGAGGAGAAGAUGGAGGCGGCGGCGCGAGCCAUCUCGGCUAUGGAGACGUUCGAAGGCGCGUUCAGGGACUGCUCCGUCGCCGCGGGGAAGCCCUUCUUCGGCGGCGACGGUAUCGGGUUCGUCGACGUUGUGCUCGGCAGCUACCUAGGGUGGUUCCUGGUGAUCGAGACCAUGAUUGGCGUCAAGCUCAUGGACGCGGCGAGGACGCCGGAGCUGGCCGCGUGGGCCGAGCGGUUCAAGAUGGCGGAUGCCGUCAAGGGUGUCCUGCCUGAAGAUGUUGACAAGGUGCUCGAGUUUUUGCAGACGUUCCUCGAUUAGGAGCGCUCGGAGCAGUUUGGACAUUCCAUU